AUGACUGCAGAUUUCUCGAAACUAGGAAGGCUUACCCUUGAGCCCGAAUCCAAGGACUGGGACAUCAUUGUCGUCGGCUCUGGGCACAAUGGCCUUACCACUGCUGCAUACCUGGCAGCUGCCGGAAAGAAGGUCCUCGUGCUCGAGCGAGCACCCUACGCCGGUGGCGGUGUCGCCGGCCUCCAAAUGGCAGAGGGAGGCUUCAUCAGCGAGCGUCACAGCGCCAUUCAUCAGAUGAUUCUCGCCAACCCUCUCAUCGCCAACGACGAACUCGGUCUCCAGGCUAAGUAUGGCCUCAAGUACCUUCAACUUGACCCCUGCUACGCCAUCGUCAUGGAAGACAAAGUUCUUCCCAUCUAUCACGAGCGCCAGCGUACCGUUGAGGCCAUUCGAGAGGUUGCCUCCGAAGAUGCGGACGCGUAUGAGAAAUUCGUCGGCACGUCCCGAAAGAUCACUGAUCUGCUGAUGCCAUACAUGUUCGAGCCGCCCCGCGACACGUCGGCUGAUAUUGCUAGCAGUGGUUUUUCGGAGGAGAUUGCCACUGUCGGGGCUAGCUCGUCUUUGGAUAUCAUUCAGCGGUACUUCAAGAAAGAAAUUCUCCAAGUCGCACUCUUGCGCUUUGUGACCGAAAUCCAGCUGGCUCACCCCACGACCAAGGGUACUGGUCUCAUGGUGUACCUUGCAUUUGGCCUUGUCGACAGAUACGGACUUGCUGUACCUGAAGGUUCUGGAACAGCUUUCACCGAGUCGGUCACUCGAUGCAUCAAGGAUCACGGAGGAGACAUCAAGUUGGAUACCGAAGUCAUCAAAGUCGUCACCGAGAACGGGCGUGCGGUUGGGGUCCGAACCCGCUUUGGAGAGUUGCGGGCGAGAGAAGCUGUCAUCGGCCAGAUUCAUCCCCACAAGUUAGAUCAACUCGUCGACAGCUUGGACGAGUCUGUGACGGCGUCCGCCUUGAAGACACGUGUCUCUGAGUUCACUCUGUUCAUCAUCCACGCAGCUCUUGAACGUCCGCUGAAGUUCAAAGCCGGCCCACUCGCCGACAGAAGUGUCAUGAACACCUGCUGCCCAGGCACUCUCAAGGACUUGCUCAAGAGCUACGACGACAUGGCUCUCGGCCUUCUCCCAGAGAAGAUCAUGAUUAGUGCUUCAUGUGUGAGCUCGGCCGACCCCUGCUUUGGCUCAGUAUAG